AUGGCAGUGGUCCAGCAGAUUCGGAGUUAUCUGAGCAUUCCCAGGGACACCAUGUUCUCCAAGAGGCCGCGGCUGGUCCUCGUUUGGCAGAGCACGACGGAGGCUGACUUCUACUCCACCGACGAAAUCACGGCCAUGCAAGAGAAAAGCAAUGGACUCUUGGAAGUGACUGCUCUCACCAGUGAAGGAGGUCGUCGUCGGAAUGCUCCCGGUGCAGCCUUCCGCAAGGCCCGCGACAUUGCCUGGAACGUCUUCGGUUCACCCGCGCCUUCAAACACCAGCUCCGCUAACCCCUUCACUCCUGCGGGGUCCAACCUCGACAGCAGCAGCUCCGAAAAACCGAAACCUCCACCCUAUCCUUCGCUGGCCCGAGACGGUGGAAGGGACGAGCAGCCACCCCCGUACCGCACCCCUGGUCGUGACGAGAAGCACACUGCUGCAGAUGCAGGGACCAAGAAAGAAAGGGCCCCGAAAGGCAUUGGGAACCUACUGCCCACGAGGACGUGGCGCAACGUGAAGUGGAAGGAGAGCCCAACGACAAGCGAUCACCGUCGCGCACCUAUGCAGGACACCAGCGUGAGCUUCAGACACGUGCAUGAGUUCGGAGUAGCAACCGAAAUCGAGUUUAAAAUGCCAGAGAAGGACGUGUUCAGAGUUAAGGCUCCACAUCGUGAGAAGGUUGGAAUCUGCGUCAUGGGCGAGAACUAUCAAGUGGGAGAUGGGCUAGUUCGAGGCAGAGUGAACCGGGAGAUCCUCGAGAACGUCUUCGGCGAAGCCCUGCUUUCCUCAAUCGCAGCGUACAACAGGCAGCGAGCGCUGAACAGCCUUGCUUGUAGCGACAGCGACGUCGGGGACGAGAAGGAAGGACAAGGCGAGGAUGAUGGCGAGCUCAUAGGCACCGACCAGACCGCCGGGAAACUUCAGGUGGUCGUUUCUGGACCUACCGCCUUUGUGGCCAACGUGAAGCAGCUCCUUACCCAAAUGGGGGUCCCUGCCGGCUCCACAGUCUUGCUCGACUGAAUACCGAGCACGUUCCGGUCGUCGGUGGUUGACCCAGCAUGUGAGACGAUGUUCUCUCAGGAUAUUGCAACCUUCUUAGAAGAAUGGUCAAGGGGCAGAUCCGCCUAACCACACGAAUUCGAAGUGUCAUCGUCUUCGGGGAGGUUUGCACGUUGUCCUAUCUGAGGUUGACCUGAAGCCUUUUCACGAAACAUGGUCAGUGUUAUUUGUGUCCAUGGACGGCUUUCUCUCACUUCCACGCCGAGCAUAUUAGGGCUGCGUUGUGGGUGUAAUGGCCGAUGGGCUACGAAUGUUUGUUUGUACUCUGCUGUCCGGCCUAUUCCUAUGUUCUGUUUUUUUCGAGUUUUUUUUGUCGAGGCGCACUGAAAUACGACAAGACGGCCACCGAUCGUAGCCCAGGUUUCCUAUAACAUCACGUAGUGUCUUGCUUCUUUUUUGGAGAUGUAUGGCAGGCUAUCUUUGUUUUCAUGAUGGAAGGACUGGGGUCCCACACGCCCGAUAGGCUGUGUCUAGCAGUUACGCUAGUUAGGGACGGGGUUCAAGCUAGUUUGUGCAAUGAGUGGUGGCAGUGCAAUUAUGUCAAAGUUGUUGAACAACCGAUUCGUUUCAGGGAAUAGUACCUGCGGGUAGGGGAGUAAGAGUCGUUUCCUUUGUGUUUGUUUCUUCCAGCUUCUAUUAGACUACUGAACGCAGGGGUAGGUUUGAUGCAGGGAUCACAAAACAUCCCGUUCUUAAAUGAUCCCCGUCGAAUUGCCAUGGCCUUUUCCAGCAUUAUUUGGGACGCCGGAAUGUAUCACGUAUGGCCGGGCCCACUAACAACAGAACGGGACGACUUGACCUUCAUUUUGUUUUUUUCAAGGUGUAACCAGUAUCACGCGGCGUUGACAUCAACAGUUUAGUAAUUUAGGUACGCGUGAAAGUGUCACGUAGGGCGCCCCCGCACGAGAGCCCAAGAGAGGUCGACCUCUAGUCUACCAUUAUGUCGG